AUGAUCAACGACACUGGCCCAGAGGCGAUUCAUCAAAAUGGCUAUGCUACUACCAAUGGGUCACACACAAAUGGCGCUCAUUCUUUUGAGACUGUACCGGAUGCGACAAUUAACGGCAACUCCACCAACACACUUCCUGCUGAGCCAAUUGCGAUUUGUGGAAUGUCAGUUCGACUCCCAGGCGGACUACACUCACCACAAGAACUCUGGGAAUUUCUGGUAACUAAGGGUGAUGCACGCGGCCCGGUACCAGAGUCAAGGUACAAUGCCUCCUCCUACUGGUCCGAAAAAAUGAAGCCCGGGACAGUUAAAACACAUUAUGGCUACUUUCUCGACGAAAGUAUCGACAUCGCCAGUGUUGACACGUCUUUCUUCACUAUGCGGAAAGAUGAAGUCGGAAAAGCUGAUCCACAACAACGCCAGAUGCUAGAGGUUGCCAGAGAGUGCCUCGAAGAUGCGGGCGAGUUUGACUGGAAAGGUAGACCAAUUGGCUGCUUCAUGGGUAGCUUUGGCGAGGACUGGGUUGAGAUGUUUGCCAAAGAGGCUCAGCAGUAUGGUCUAUACCGAGUUAUGGGCUACGGUGAUUUCAUGCUGUCGAAUCGCGUCUCAUAUGAGCUAGAUCUCAUGGGUCCAAGUCAGGUGGUUCGUACUGGAUGCUCGGCAUCACUCGUCGCUCUCCAUGAAGCAUGCCUUGCAUUGUCUCGUGGUGACUGCGAAGGCGCUAUUGUUGGCGGUGCUAAUCUGAUAAUGGCGCCUGGUAUGACAGUGGCAAUGACUGAACAGGGCGUGUUGUCGCCCGAUGGCUCAUGCAAAACAUUCUCAGCUGACGCUAAUGGCUAUGCACGAGGAGAGGCAAUUUCUGCAAUUUUCGUUAAGCGUCUAAGUGAUGCUAUCCGGGAUGGAAACCCCAUCCGAGCAGUCAUUCGUUCCACAGCCUCCAACAGCGACGGAAGAGGUACAGCCGGAGGCAUACAAGUACCCAACGAUAUUGCCCAAGAGACCUUGAUCAGAAGAGCCUACAAAAUGGCCGGCAUCAACGAUUACUCUCAGACAGCAUUCGUCGAGUGCCACGGCACCGGGACAGCAAUUGGAGACCCGAUCGAGACCAAGGCCGUAGGACGGGUAUUUGGUCCCUCCGGGGGUGUACUGAUCGGGUCUGUAAAGCCGAAUCUCGGUCACUCUGAAGGCGCUUCAGGACUUACAUCACUGAUCAAAGCCGUUAUGGCCUUGGAGAAUCGCACAAUCCCACCCAACAUCAAAGUCAACCAACCCAACCCAGAUAUUCCCUGGGCCUCAUGUGGGCUAUCCGUUCCCACAGAGCCUACAUCAUGGCCCGCGUCGAAACAUGAGCGCAUCAGUGUCAACUCCUUUGGUAUCGGUGGUACUAAUGCUCAUGUUAUUCUUGAUUCCGCCCGCAGCUUCAAUAUCGCUCAUCCGGUAGAGCGCAGUGCGAUAUCGCCACAAUUACUGGUAUUCUCCGCAAACGGGGCGGAUUCACUUCGACAGAUGAUCACCAACUACGAAAACUAUGCAGAGAAGAACCCAGAAAAGAUUGAUGACCUUGCCUUCACACUCGGUCACAAGCGCGAACACUUGCCGCACAGAGCAUUUGCUGUCGCCAGCCCUCUUGGCCCUCUCACCGUUUCGCCUGUUUUCAAAGUAGGCAACAAGCCCAACAUCGUUAUGGUCUUCACCGGUCAAGGUGCCCAAUGGCCACAGAUGGGACGAGAAUUGAUGCAAAGCUCUCAAUUCCCCACAUUCAGCAAGACCAUCGCUGCAUUGGACGCCCAUCUUCAAUCUUUGGAAGACGGGCCGGAUUGGACUAUCGAGGAGGAGCUUCAGAAGUCCCUCAAGACUAGUAGACUUGGCUCAGCUGAAUUGUCACAGCCACUGUGUACAGCUAUGCAAGUUGCCAUGGUUGAUACACUCGCUUCUAUUGGGGUCAGACCGGAAGCUGUAGUGGGCCAUUCCAGUGGUGAAGUUGCUGGUGCAUAUGCAGCUGGUGCCAUCACGGCGACGGAAGCCAUUACAAUCGCCUACUACCGUGGCCUUGUCACAAAACGCCAGACCAAGCCUGGCUCAAUGGCUGCCAUUGGAAUGGGUGCCGAGAGUAUCGAGCAGUAUCUGAAGUCAGGUGUUGUUAUCGCUUGUGAGAACUCUCCAAGCAGCGUCACUAUCGCCGGUGAUACUGAGGCGGUAGAGUCGACUAUUGGGGCGAUCAAGGCUUCGAAGCCUGAUGUGAUGGCACGACUGCUGCAAGUUGACAUGGCAUAUCACUCUCAUCACAUGAAGGAGAUUGGCGACGAUUACUUUGCCCUCAUGCAAGACAAGAUCUCACCAAAGAAGCCCACCAAGCUGUUCUAUAGCAGCGUGACCGGAAACACUCUUACAGAAGGUCACCAAUUCGGCCCACGCUACUGGCAGACCAACAUGGAGUCCAGAGUCCGCUUCAGUCCAGCCGUUUCAGAAAUCAUCAAUCAAGGAACCAUCAAGAAUGUGAUGUUCCUCGAGGUUGGCCCUCAUUCGGCACUUGCUGGGCCUUUGCGACAGAUUCAGGCACAGCGUUCUACUUCAUUUCCCUACGUCACAGUCCUUACUCGACACAAGAACGAUGUUGAAUGCUUCCUUGCAUGCGCAGGCAGUCUCUUUAACCUCAAUGCUCGUGUUGAUCUGACCAAGGUCAUCGCCAAAGGCGCAGUGUUGCCAGAUCUACCGAGAUAUUCUUGGAACCAUUCCGAAAGACAUUGGUACGAAUCGAGAUUGACAAAUGAAUGGCGGCAUCGCGAGUACAAGUACCAUGACUUGCUUGGCAUCCGUGUGCCGGAGAGUACCGACUCCAACAUCCUUUUCCGGAACCUGUUUCAUCUUGACAACGCUCCUUGGAUCCGCGACCAUAUGGUUGGUGAUGAUAUCAUUUUCCCGUUCGCUGGCUAUGCUGGUAUGAUCGGUGAAGCCAUACGACAAGUGACCCGCGUCGACGAAGGCUUCAAGAUGCGAGCUGUCAGGGUCAGCACAGCUUUGGUCCUGAACGAGGGUAAACCUGUCGAAAUUAUGUCUACACUCCGUCGCAAGCGCCUGACCGACUCCCUUGACAGUGAAUGGUGGGAGUUUACUAUCGCAUCAUACAACGGUACUUCAUGGACGAAGCAUUGCUCUGGCGAAGCCACAUCACAAAGGGAGGAACUUGCAACUGCAGGAACCCAUGACCCUUUCUUGCGCAAAGUAGACAUUGGUCGUUGUUACGAGUCUUUGGCAAGGUCUGGAUUGAACUUUGGGCCAGAGUUCCAACGCCUUAGUGAGAUCCGCUCUGAUACAGUGGACCAAAAGGCCCAGUCAAAGGUCUUGGGUAAAUCAGGCGAAGAGGUCGACUAUCAUCUCCAUCCCACCGUCAUUGACGCAUCACUGCAACUACUCAGCGUCGCUGUUUCGAGAGGAUUUGCCGACCGAUUUGACAAAACCAUGGUUCCAACACACAUUGAUGAGAUGUGUGUUUAUCGUCCAACUAUCACCGAUUCUUUCGACAUUAGAGCAAAUGCAUCUUAUACCUCCACAGGAUCAGUCACCGGCGGAGGUCAGAUUGCUGAUUCCAAAGGUCAAUUGGUUCUAACAAUCUCCGACAUCAAGCUUACUACCGUUGGAGAUCAAAAUGGAGGCAAGCCUGUUGAGCCAACUGCCCGAUAUGAAUGGGCUCCCCAUAUUGACUUCUUAGACCCAAAGACUCUGAUCAAGCCCGCGAUUGAUCGAAGUGAUCAUAUGCCUGACCUUACACGGCUAUCUAACUUGUGUAUGGUACACACCAAGCGCAGCAUUUACGAGCUGGAUUCGACCAUUGAGCACAUGCACAAGUACAAGGCAUGGGUCGAUCGCCAGAUCAAGAUCGAUGACAUCGGGAGUCUUGAGUCUUUAAGUAACGAUGAGCUCGAAUCACAAAUUGAUGUAAUGAUGGAAAGCUUAAAGACAACCUCGGCAAAGGACGGUGCGAUUGCUAUCGAGAAAGUGUUCGCCAAUGUUUCUGAUAUCUUCACUGGCAGCAAGGAGCCUCUAGAUAUACUCUUGUCUGACGGCACGCUGAACAAACUCUAUACAUUCAUGGAUCAAUGCGACGAGUCGGAAUUGUUCAGGAAUCUGGCUCAUAGCAAGCCUAAUCUACGUGUGCUUGAGAUUGGUGCUGGAACUGGCGGGUCAACGUCUCAACUGUUGAAGUACCUCGCACCGGUUGGCAAAGUGUUGUUUUCUAACUACACCUAUACCGACAUCUCAUCUGGAUUCUUUGAAAAUGCUAAGAAGCGCUUCAAUGAGUUUCCGAACAUGGAGUUUGCGACACUGGAUAUUAGUCGGGAUCCAUCGGAACAGGGAUUCGAUGGACGUGAGUACGACCUCAUCUUGGCCACCAAUGUUAUCCACGCCACCAAGUCACUCAACGAAAGUUUGAAGAAUGUUCGAAAGCUUUUGAGCAGUGAUGGAAGAUUCUUGCUCCAUGAGCUUACUCCAACUUCGAAGUGGAUCAACUACAUCUUCGGGACACUACCAGGAUGGUGGUACGGUGAAACAGACGGUCGGCCUCAUGAACCGUAUAUCAGCGUUGAACGUUGGGGAGUGGAGUUGCAGGCUGCUGGUUUUGAGGCGCCAGAUGCUGCUAUACUCGAUACGGCAGAGCCUAAUCACUUGAACGCCAUGAUUCUCUCUAGACCAGCCAUCAAACGGGACUUGAAGAAGGUUGUCGGGCUUUUGACCAUGUCAGAGAUUGAGACCAAGGGUGAAGCGACACUCCGCGAGAGCUUGGAGAAACGAGGCCAUUCUGUCAGUCGAAGGACGAUAUUAGACCAAUCGAAUCCUACUGGACACAGCAUAAUUGCGCUUCUGGAUGAAGAUGAGCCUUUCUUUGAGAACAUCGACAAUGAGAGGUUCGACGCGUUUAAACUACUGACAAGCAACCUGAAAGACAUCAGUCUUCUGUGGAUCACCCAUGUCUCCCAAAUGGAGAGCUCAGACCCUCGUUUUGGUCAGAUCAUGGGUAUAUCCAGAGCUCUUCGCUCUGAAAUGCUUCUGGACUUCGGAACCUGCGAGGUCGACGACGUGGCAGCAGCAUCAGAGAAGAUCGUUGAUGUCUUCGAGAGGUUUCAAGCACGAAAAGAGGACGAAACUCUCAAACCUGAUUACGAAUAUGCGAUCGUGAACAAUACUGUUCAUGUCGGCCGCAUUUAUCCAUUCUCAGCGCAGGACAAUUUGUUGGUGUCAAGUCAAGAUGAUCCAGUGGCGCUUCGAACAAGCAAACCUGGCAGGCUUGAUGCUCUUCACUGGGCCAGUUAUAAGUCACUCACACUAACCGGCGACAAUGUCGAGAUCAAGGUGCAAGCCGCUGGGUUGAACUUCAAAGACGUCUUAUGUGCAAUGGGUAUUGUUGAUGGCGAAAAUGGCUUCGGCCUUGAGGGUGCUGGUGUUGUCAAUCGUAUCGGGCCAAAUGUCCAAGGCUUACAGGUUGGGGAUCGCGUCUUUUUCAUAGCUCAUGACUCCUUCGCUACUCAUGUUACCAUGUCGGAGAACCUUUGCGAAAAGAUUCCUGAUGAUCUGAGCUAUGAAGACGCAGCAACUAUGCCUUGUGUCUUUGCAACAUCUUAUCACUCAAUCUUCAACAUGGGUAAUCUUAAGAAAGAACAGUCCAUAUUGAUCCACAGCGCCUGUGGUGGUGUCGGUAUUGCCACGAUUCAACUAGCCCAGAUGGUCGGCGCGAAGAUAUAUGCUACCGUAAGCAGCGAAGAGAAGAUCAAGUACCUUGAAGACAAUUUCGAUCUAGAGCGCUCAUGCAUUUUUAACUCUCGCGACGACUCAUUUGUCGAGCAACUAAUGCACAAGACUGGUGGCGAGGGUGUCGACUUGGCGCUCAACUCCCUGUCUGGAGAGCUUCUACACGCUACUUGGAAGUGCAUUGCAGAGUUCGGUAGAAUGGUUGAGAUUGGGAAGAGAGACUUGAUCGGGUCUGGCAAACUUGACAUGCUGCCUUUCUUGGACAAUCGUACAUACUCUUGUGUUGACCUUGAUCAGCUUUGCUACAAGAGAGGACGUGUCGCAAAAGAGCUUCUCCAAGAUGUCAUCAGACUAUACAAAAACGGCCACAUCCAACCCAUUCGUCCUAUCCAAGUCUAUCACCAAGAAAAUAUUCUUGAUAGCUUCAGGUUCAUGCAGCAGGGUGUCCAUCUUGGGAAGAUCGUCGUCUCAAUGGACACAACAGUCGGUACCAAAUUAGAGGUUGAAUCUCGCAAGCAACUAGUCACGAUGGAUCCAUCAGCUUCAUAUCUGCUUGUAGGUGGACUUGGCGGCUUGGGCCGAUCUAUCUCAAGAUGGAUGAUUCAGCGAGGAGCUCGUCAUCUCAUUUAUCUCUCCCGCACUGCGGGAACUAAUGAGAAGCACCUCGAUGUACAGCAAGAACUCGAAAGUCUUGGAUGCAAGGUUGACUUUGUUCAAGGCAGCAUCAACAAACUGGAUGACGUUAAUGAUGCUGUCGCCAGAGCGGAUGGUCGCCUGAAGGGAGUUUUACAAAUGUCUAUGGUUCUCGCGGAUCAAAGCUUCUCUCGGAUGACCAUGGACGAGUGGAACAUGGCUGUUGACCCCAAGAUCACAGGCACUUGGAACUUGCACAACGCGACCAUGUCUGUCAAUGCAGACCUUGACUUUUUUAUCCUUUUCAGCUCGCUUUCUGGUGUCAUUGGACAGCCUGGACAGGUGAACUACGCUGGUGCAAACACCUUCCUCGACGCAUUUUCUAAAUAUCGAAAAGGUUUAGGUUUACCAGCCUGUUCUAUCGACAUCGGAGCCGUGGAAGAGGUCGGAUAUUUGGCUGAGAAUCAGUCCAUCAUGCAGAAACUGAAGGUAACUGGUUUCAAUGGCACUGUGUCGGAGCACGAGUUUCUCGACGCACUCGGCGCAGCAAUGGCAAAGACUUCCGACGACUUUUGUCUCGGAUUUCGGCCUGACGUUUCUCUCAGCGAUCCCUCCAAUCGAUCUCUUUGGAAAAAGGACAUUAGAAUGGCUGUUUUCCAUAACAACGGAGGUACUACAGAGGCCUCUACGGGUGCAACCAAUGACGAGCUCAAGUCCUUUAUCUCCAAGGCUAAGCAAGACCCUUCAAUCUUGAAGCAGGCGGAGUCAGCUCACUUGCUCGCCCGGGAAAUCGGUAAAAAGGUUUACGGUCUUUUACUUAAACCUGUGGAGGACUUGCAAACAGCUUCCUCUCUCUCUGAGUUGGGCAUGGAUUCGCUUGUGGCGAUUGAGGUUAGGCAAUGGUGGAAGACUGUUUUCCAAUUUGACAUUAGCGUUCUUGAGAUGAUGGCAAUGGGUAGUCUUGAUAUGCUUGGAGCACACGCUGCUAAGGGUUUGCAACAUGUAUUUGGCAGCACAUAG